CGUAAGGGAUUUCAUGCGCUGAAUAUUCAGGGCAUAUCUGACUCAAACAAUAUGCUUUUAAAUCUAGUGGUUCGUUGGCCUGGUUCAACCCAUGAUGCAUUUAUUCUCGCUGACAGUGGUAUUUCAGAGGAGUUUGAAUCUGGACGUAUUCAACAUGGAUGGCUCCUAGGUGACAGCGCAUAUCCCCUGAAAACAUGGCUGCUGACACCAAUUUCUGCACCACGUGAUGCAGCUGAACGGCGUUACAAUUUUGCUCAUAAGAGGACAAGAUGCACGGUUGAAAGAACAUUUGGUAUCUGGAAAAUGAGAUUCCGAUGUUUACAUAAAUCAGGAGGAUAUCUCAGUUUUUCACCAGCAAGAUGUGUAAACGUAAUAAUGGCAACAGGGAUAUUGCACAAUAUUUGUACAAGAAAACGCAUACCUCUGCCUGACGAUACAGACGAGGACGAUAGCAACCAGCAAGCUGAGACUGAAAAUGAAAAUGAACAAGAACAGGAACAGGAAGUGUUUCAGGACGGACGGCAGGCACGGGCAGAUUUGAUCAACAGAGUAUUUAGAUAACUGACUGAAAUUCAUAUAUAUUAGAAUGCUUAAUCAAUAAACAUAGGGAAAACAAAGCGACUUGUUGAGAGCUCUGUUAUCUUAUGGUUAUUUGUGUUUUUGCCUCGCAAGUCAACACUAUCUGUGUUGCAUGUUUAACAAUACAUCACGUGUAUUCUUUCAUAUAUGAAAUCAAAAGAAUAUAAUACAUGCACUUCAUUGCUGUUUUAAACUUUUAAUACUUAAAAAAAACGUAGAACUUAUACUAGUUCUAUAUACAAAGUAAAAUAAAAAGAGUUCAUCAUAAACACAUACAUGUACAUGUACACUGAAUUAGCGCAACACAGUAUAUUGAUAAAUGUUAUAAUUAAAUUCAGCGUAGUAUAUUAAGAAAACCAUUUUAUAUGUUCCAUAUACUUUGAAUAAAUGGCUUACCACUAUUUUCAUGGAAUGAAAAAAUAUAAAUCGAAACUUGCUUUGUAUCUCAAAGUAUUUUCAUGUUAACAACAGACGAACAUUUUAAAUAUUUUCACCAGUGUGUAACAAAAGUAUUGUAAUCGAAGUUUUACAGAAAUUGAAACUCAUUCCUUGACUAGCAUCAUUAAAAUCAUAACAAAAAUUAUCUUGCUACAACAAAUUUGCAAGCAUGACCGUAUAUAUUGUACUUAAAAAUAUAGAAAUGAUGUGUAAGAUCGGAAUAUAUUUCACCGAGUGAGCACCAAAAGGUAUAUUUCACGAGUGGCGCAGCCACGAGUGAAAUUUUAACUUUUGAUGAUCACGAGGUGAAAUAUAUUUCGAUCUUACACUAAACUAAACAAAUUUUCUUUUUAUUAUAUGCAAAUAAACGUUUAAGAAACAUUUUAACCUAACACCAAAUAAAAAAUACGCCAAAUAUUAAUACAAUACAUAUAUCCAACAACUUGCAUGGAUUUGUUUUCUUUAGAUGCGUUUUAUGCCGAACAUAUGAUAUACAAAUCAAAAGAUAAAUAAAGACUGUCAACUGUUUCUUGUGUGUUUCACAGAUAUAUGCUUGAACAUUCGUACUUACAAUAAAAAGAUAAACAAAAUCAAAAAUACGAAAAAAAAGAUUACAAAGAUACGAUUUCACACAUAUUUGAAUAUUCCAUCUGAAUUGUGUCUAAAUGUGGUACAUGUGUCGUGUGUAAGAAAGUAGAUUUGAAGGAAUUUGAUCUAUCAUAUUAUGUCCAAAUCGAAUCUUGCCGCAGUAUUUGUAAACAAUAUUAGCCCACUUCUGUUUAAAAUCUUUAAUGCUUAUAUUGAUACAUUUUAAGUUUUGCAUUUUUGAGAUCAUAUACAGAAAAUCAUCUGGACCGACAGGUGCUGCGUACGUAAUGAUAAAAGUUUCGACCGAAUUCAGUUUCUCAGCAAGAAAACACUGCUGUUCAAUAUUAAAUGAGGCACCUUUAAUUU